GAGAAGUGAACUAGGCGACGCACUGCAAACUGUUUGCUCACACCGCCGGUCACAUGUUGGGCACGGUCAAGAUGGGAUUAAUGUGCGCGCUCGCUUUACUACGAAAGAUUUAGGCACAGUGCUAGCGGCUGCUGAUUAUGUUGAGCACCCAGUUUCAUUCGGUAUAAUUGCAUAUGUGGUUUUAUCGUUGACCUGCGUGUGUGUAUUACGGUUUUUCCCUUUCAUUAAAUAAAACAAAGUAAAGGGAAAUCUUCUUUACAUGUUUGAGCUUAUAGCACAGAGCCGCCCUUUUCAUCUUAGUACGGGAAGUACAAGCAUUUCUUUCUUUUUCCUUUUUUUAGCUCGAUUUGCAGAAGUCAGAAAACGAAACAUGGUAGACUCGGCAGGCUGAGGAGUCGCCAUCGCCGCCGACAGCAGUACCCUCGCCCACUCGCGAUGCGCGUGCAGCGCGUGUGCAGCGCGCUCUCCUCGCCAGCUCCGCGGUCAUUUAAAUGUUCUCGUAACCGUCGUCAGCCACCGUGCACCGGCCGGCAGCUGCGGUUCCGUUUGCUGGCAUGGUUAAUUUUAAGGGGCGUUUCCUGAGUUUCUAGCUUUUAAUUUAGGUAGUCCUUUACAGCGAUGCUGAACCGAGACAAGGAAGCAGCAGUCCUGCAGUGGCUGUCCUGCUACAACAUCAAGGUUCGAGCCAUCUCGGACCUGCAGGAUGGCUUGCAGCUCCUUAAGCUGCUGUCCACCAUUAACCCAGCCUGCUGCAUUGAAAAUGUCGAGCCUGGAAAGACAUUUCCAAACAUAGAGAAGCUGCUGUGUGAGCACCACUCGUGCCUCCCAGCCCGCUUCCUGUCAUCGGGAAGUACAAAAAAGCGCAAAUAUGACGAUCUUCAGUUGGCAGUCGCUUCCGUCCUGGCGCUGUCAGCUCUGGCACUUCGGGCCACAAGUUGUAGCCCAACCAGUGAGGUGGCCCCGCUGCUAAAGCUUGGCGAGGCAACGCAGUGCUGCAUCAGAGACUUGAUAGAGAUCGUGAACGCCGGUGACGAUGUGCUUGACAACCUCGCAGCAUACUUAAAAGCAUCCAACCUGGAGGAGGAAAGCUUUCUCGGGGUGGUCAAAAUCAAGCGCCGGAAGAGCGAGAGCUUCAUUGCCUCUCCGACGGGCGCGCAAACUCCGAUCAAGCGUAACAGCAUUUCACCGCAGCAGCGUGCCCGUCUGCCUGCCCACCAGGUGAAGGAGAUGCGGAUGCUCCGCGAGCACAUCACCGAUGAAGAACAGGCAAACGUCGAGCUUCGAUGUGAGGGCUCCAGGCUAAAGGACAUCAUCAAGCGUAAAGAUCGUGAGAUCAACAGCCUGAAGGAAAGGCUAAACGCUCUACAGUCGGUGUCCUACAGUGAUGCCAGCAGCCUUGCAUUGCUACAGAAAAACAUGGAAGAGACUGCAGCACAAAACCAGCUCCUGCAGGAACAAGUCCAUUCCUUAAAACGGGUUAGAGAAGACUACGACACUCUCAUUCGGCAGAAUGUCUCUCUGCAGGCUGAGUGUGAGAAGAUGUCCCAGCUUCAAGAGGAAUGCAACAACCUCAAGGAAGACCUCUCCAAAGCCCUGACUGAGAAAUCGGACCUCCGCGCCAGGCUUGAUUCUGUGGAAUACGAGGUUGGCGAGCUCCGCUGCGAGCUUGGCACAAAGACAAAUGAGCUGGAUGCAUUGGUUAGCUUCUACUCGAACAAGGAGAAGCCAGUCCUGAGGAGCCCGCAGGCCCUGCCGCAAUCACCUCGCCUCAGCUGCUACACGGAGCUGCGCAUGGUUGAGCUUCAGGAGGCCAAUGCCAAGUUGCAGCAGGAAUCUUGUCGGCUGCAGAGUGAACUGGAAGAGACCACAGCCAGGAUGCAGGCAGAAGGCAACGCCAUGAAAGCAACCAUAGUGCAGCUGGAGGAAGCAAAGGCCUCACUCGUGGCAGAGGUGUCUCAACUGAACAACAAGAGCACGCAGCUGAACAUUCGCAUCUCGGGACUGGAGAAUGAGCUGCAGCUGACGAAAACCACAAGUGCCACGCUCGAGUCUCGGCUUUCCAUUCAAGCGAGCCAGUCUGAAACGCUUCGUCAACAGCUCGCCGACAAGGACCAGCAGAUUGCUGCACUCGACGAGAAGUCAGCUGCUUCUGAUGCCAUGAACCAGGAGCUACUCAAGUCAAACGCCGAGCUGAAUGCAGCUUUACGAACGUCGGAGGUGGAAAAGGUGGCACAGGCUGAAAGGAUGCGUGAAGUCGUAGCAGAGAACAGGAAGCAUCAGGAUGCAUUAUCACAACAGAAUUCAAAGCUGCUCGCUCUGGACGCAACACUCGGGAAUCUGGAGUCGAAGCUUGCAGAAGCAGUUGGAAGAAGUGAAUUGCUGUCAUCCCAACUGUCGGUCAGUGAGGAACGGUGUGCAAAACUUGAGGAAGCCAUUGCCACGCUGCGCACUGAACUGGAGGCAAGUAGGUCUCGCUGCACAGAGCUGGAACAACAGUUGAGUCAGGCUGGAUGUGAGAAAGAGGCUCAAUCAUCGCGACUUCUGAAAGUACAAGAUGAGCUGAACAGUGUUACGCGCAGAGCAGACCAGCUUCAAGCACGGGCACAAGAGCUUGAAGCUUCCAAGCAACAGCUGGACACGCUCUGCUCUGAGCUUCAGCACAAACUUAGUGAGAGUGAGUGCCAAAACAGACAGGCAGAGAAAGCCAGUGCAGAAUGCGCCAGGCUUAAACAGUGCAUCGAGAAGAGUGCAGCUGAAAAGGCCGAACUAGAGGUUCGCUUGGAGAACGAAGCUCGGGUUGUUCAUGCGCUCAAAGAAAAGUGUGCCGAGCAUGUGGCUGCGAAUGAAAACCUCUGCAGUUCAAAUGCCACAUUCAAGAGUACCAUCGAGGAAGCCAAGCUCAAAAUGGAGCACCUUGAAGCCAGGACUAAAGAGGUGAACGACGAGAACAGUGCACUGCGGAACAAUCUUGAGGCGACAGGACAGAAGCUUGAUACCUUGCUAGCAGAAAAGCAAAUUCUGCAGCUGAAGCUGUCUGAAGCAAGCACUGCCUGCGCUACUCUUCAGAAGGAAGUGUCCGAGGUUAGGACAAAGCUGUGUGCUUCUGAGGAGCAAGAACAAAUUCUCAGGCAUGCCAAUGCUGGCCUCGACUCGUUCCUCACUAACUGCAAGCAGAAGCUGCAGGUUACCGAGUCUCAGCUUGGUGACGCAACCAGACAAAUGGGGGCCCUGCAGGAAGAGGUAGGCUUUUUCCAGCAGUUAGUCACGAGAUUGAACCUUGAGAAAGAGUGCUUGCACUCGUCUCUCGCAACUGCAGAAACUGCUUCGCAGUCACUUGAGAAACAGUGCCAGGCUGCUGCGUGCACCAUUGAGGAAACGAGGUUGAAGCUCAAGGAAAGUCGGCACGGGCAGAUGCAGAUGUCUUCGCUUGUUGAGCAGCUACAACAGGAAUGCGGCAGCCUGAAACUGGUUCUUGCAGACAUGAGCGAAAAGCUGUCGUGUCGCGAACAGGAGCUGGCAUCAGCAGUCGGUGAUCGAGACAAGAUGGCAUCGCAGGUAAAGGAGCUGGAAGAUCGGCAAGCCUGUCUCAAGCAUGAAAACCAAGCUCUAGAAGAUCGCAUAGGUGACCUGGAGGUGAAGCUGAACAACCAGCUGGAGCUUAAGAGGAAGUCCGAGGAAGACUAUUACGAGUGUGUCAAGGAAAGGGAUGCCCACAAGGAGGCACUGAGGCAGCAAAUAGACGAGCUCACCGCGGAGGCUGCAGAGAAGGCGAGGCUGCAGGCAGACUUAGAAGAGCUUCAGAACCAGUGUGAAGGCUGCAAGACCUCGGCCUCCGAUAUGGGCCAGCUCACAGAGGAGAAAGAGCGCCUCGAGCUCAAGCUUGCGAGCGAGCAGAGCGAGUCUCGGACACUGAUUGCCGAACGUGAUGAGCUCGGCCAUAAGGUCCGAGAGCUGGAGAAAGAGAACGAGGGCCUGAAGUCCAAGCUCAAGUCUGCCAAUGAGGACUGCGCGAAGAAGCUCAGAGGCGCUUUUGCCUCCUUUAAUGCUGAAAUGAAUAAGAAGAUUACAGAAAUGAAGAAAUCAAGUCUUGCUUUAAGAGAAGAGGCUGCCAUGUGGAAAGAGAAGUGCCUCAACCAGCAAUCUCUUCGUGAGCGAAGAGAGGCACUUCUGAAGAAACACAUCGCAGAGAUGACCGAGAACGUCAAGCAGUCCAGCAAAGACACUGAGGCACUCAAGGCUCAAACAGAAGAGCAGGCCGUGCAUCUUGCUGCUAUGAAGGAAGAACGAGAUAAGCUGGCAAAUGAGCUUACCGCCAUGACUCAGGAACGAGACAGGCUGGCGAGUGAGAACCGGUCACUCAAUGCUCAGCUGAGCUACUGCGAUGCAAAGCUGCGUGAACACUCGAAGAAGGAAGCAGAGAAGCCCCCUGCCAGGGGAGCCAACCAGUCAAUGUACUCCACACCAAGCCUGGAGAGCAUCUGGUCACAGCGCCCACUCUCAAGCAGGCCGUCUCGCAGCUCCAUCGCAUCUGCCGACGAGUUCAAAGUUCCACAGUUUAAGUCCAACCCUCGACGGGAGAGCAGUGUCUCGAGGUCAGGACAGGUCGCACAGGCAGCGGCUCUGGACUCUAGCAUAUUUUCUGAGAGCCGCUUCUCCUGCGAUGAAGAGCAAGACUUGUUCUCAGAAACAACACUCGCAGAGCUUAGCAGUCAGCCGGAGGACCCAAUGCACCGGUACAGCGAGCUGUAUCGACGCAAUUCUAUGUUGCCUCAGCAUCUAAAGUCCGUGUACCCAGUCGAGACACAGCAAUGCCCGAUACCAGCAACACCCCUGAAAGGAGACAGCAAGUUCACCUUUCCAGAAGUUGCAAGCACCUCUGCAGCUGCUGCCCCAAGCAGCUCGGUGCAACGAGUUAACGCUGCUGAAGACGCGGCCAAGCGGAAGAGAGAUGCCCGCUCCAGCAGCAGCGAUGACAGCAACAACAAACCACCAUCAUUCUGGAUUUCGUUCUGAAUCCCUGCUGCACUCUAUUUUUGCUGGUGAUAGAUUUCAUUCUGAGGGACUGCAGCAACACCAUCCAAGACAAAACCUAAGAAGUCGACACAGACUCCCUCAAGUGUCAAGAAAUUUUUGAGAAGCAGGUUUAAGCGCUAGUGUUCUAGAAUGUACAUAAUUUUAAAGCACUUCUCAUGAUGUUUUUAAGAUAUUCUUUUUAGACCCAAUGACAGAGCUCUUUGUACAGUCGCCAGUUUUUAAACGAAGAGAAAAAAAUUGAAGUAAAAGUGUGACAGAUGCUCAUAGCAGGACAGCAUUAAAAUCUGCCAGUUAAGUAACUAGCAUCGCACCCUUUUAAGUUCCAGGUUCAAGAAAAAAUAUGCAAGGAUGACCAUGAAUUUUAGUAAUAUACAUACCGAAAAGUGGGCACUGUGUGCCUUUGUGCGACGCCUUUUAUUGUGAAUACUUCAACAAUAUCGCCAAGUCCUGGCAAACUUCAAAUUUCUUUGUGUAAAUACUUAUGCUGUGUUUUCAGUGCGUGGCUUUCCUUUGGAACACUUGGUAUUGCUUGUAUAAAGGAAGUUUUACAGUUUUUAAUAAACACUUUUACUUGGCA